CUCUCUCUCUCUCUCUGUCUCGCUCUUGAGGAGAAUAGUUAUGUUUCCCCUUUUCUGGUCCUUCUUAGAAGAUAAAAAGAGAUAAAGUUAGAGAAAUUUGAGAAGAUAUGGGAGAAUAUGCGUUCAUUAUUGUGGCUACAGUCUCCUUCUUGUUGGUUCUUUCAUGCCUGUGGAAAGUGUUGUGUUGGUUAUGGUGGAAACCCAAGAAGCUGGAGAAGUAUCUAAGGGAGCAAGGAAUCAAAGGCACUCCCUACAAGUUUCCUUAUGGGAAUCUCAGAGAGGAGAUGAAGUUAAUGGAGGAAGUUCAGUCCAAACCCAUCAGCCUCUCUCAUGAUAUUGUGCCUCGUGUUUUCCCCUUUGUUCACCAGUCUAUCAACAACUAUGGGAAAAUGUUUGUAUCAUGGUUUGGUCCAAUCCCUAGAGUGUAUAUCACAGAUCCAGUUCUAAUCAGGGAUAUUUUGUCAAACAAGUUUGGACAUACCCAAAAACCUAAUACCAAUCCAUAUGCUAAGUUUCUGGUGAAUGGGGUUGCAAGCCGCGAAGGCGAGGACUGGGCGAAACACAGGAGGAUCAUUAACCCAGCCUUCCAUAUAGAGAAGUUGAAGGAAAUGCUACCUGCAUUUUAUACAAGCUGCUGUCAAUUGGUUAACAAAUGGGAGACAUUGGUUGCAUCAAAAGGACUCUGUGAAUUGGAUGUGUGGCAAGAACUCAAAAAUUUUACUGCAGAUGUCAUUUCUCGAGCAGCAUUCGGAAGUAACUAUGAAGAAGGAAUGAAGAUAUUUCAACUCCAAACAGAAUGUGCUGAGCUUAUAACUCAAGCUUCUAGGUCCCUUUAUAUCCCAGGCUUUAGGUUCAUACCCACACAAAGGAAUCGAAGAAUGAAGGAAAUAGAUCGGGAGGUGCAAGCACGGCUACGGAGAAUCAUCAACAAGAGAAUGAUGGCUAGGGAAAUGGAAGAAGCCAGCAAAAAUGACUUAUUGGGAAUACUAUUGGAAUCCAAUGCUAGAGAGAAAAAAGAAGGUGACAAUUCUAAGAAUGCAGGAUUGAGUAUGGAGGAAGUGAUGGGAGAGUGCAAGCUAUUCUACUUUGCUGGACAAGAGACUACUGCGGUUUUGCUUACAUGGACAAUAAUUUUAUUAAGCAUUCAUCCAGAUUGGCAGUCACGAGCAAGGAAAGAGGUCUUGCAAGUCUUUGGGGACAAUAAACCAACUUUCGAUGGAUUAAACCACCUAAAAAUUGUGACUAUGGUUAUAUAUGAGGUUCUUAGGUUAUACCCACCAGCAACUAUGCUUAAUCGGUUUACCUACAAGGAGAUGAAGAUAGGAGAUAUCACUUUUCCAAAAGGAGUGUGGCUCAUAUUGCCAGCAACUAUAGUUCAUCGUGAUCGUGAACUUUGGGGUGAAGAUGCUGAAGAGUUUAAUCCAGAAAGAUUUUCAGAAGGAAUUUUAAAGGCAAGCAAGAAUCAAGUAGUUUCAUUCUUCCCAUUUGGUUGGGGUCCUCGGAUAUGCGUUGGGAAAAACUUUUCUCUGAUUGAAGCCAAGAUGGCAAUGGUAAAAAUUCUAAAGCAUUUUUGGUUUGAGCUAUCCCCAUCUUAUGCUCAUGCUCCUUACACUGUUGUCACUCUUCAGCCCCAAUAUGGUGCUCCCAUCAUCUUGCAUAAAAACUAUGAGACAUAAUCAUUUUGAGUAACUCGAAUUAUUGUGUUGAUAUGUUUUGACAUUUCUCUUUGGAAAAUCUUGUGUUUAUAAGUUUGAAUGUAAUGAACUCUAAAUUUCUUAUUUGAAGAUUUAAGCGUUUCUUGAUA